GACCGGAAUGAAAACUGUAGGAGUACCCGCUAGCCAGUUCUAGGCUCUUCAUCCCCAAAUAGAAUUAAAAGCGCGAUAGACUCGUGACUUUAAGUAACGUUACGGAGAACAAGAGCUGACGCGCAACGAGGAAGAAGACCGCGUCGAAAGGUCGUGGCAACUUCUUUUGUGCUCUGCAAGGAGUAGAAGCCAAUUUACAGAUGUGGUUCGGCUGUCAACCUUAGGACCUGGGAGAAAAUGGGAGCAGCAUGAUUCAUGUUCGCCUCCGAGUGGGGGAAAACAGGAAAGCCUGAGCGGACCAGAAGGAAGCCCGUCAUUCUUCGGUAACUAUUCAACAAAUCUCCCUUCCUAUUUGUAUUUGUUCUCUCCGGAAGAGGCCAUCUGAGUGCACGUCAUUGUAGCAAGGGAUUUCUUUCAUUACCUGUCUGGUUUCUUCUGUCUUUUAUCUUUUGCCUUGUUGUAAAGCCAUUGUCUCUCUGCUCCUCUUAAUAUAUAUAAACACGCGGUGUCACUGUGAAAAUGUCCUUGCAGUACCUCAAGGAUGACAGAGGUAAGGAUCAGCUGCUUUAUAAAGGAUAUCUGUAUAAGAAAGUCCGAGCAAGCGGGAACAAAACGUUUUGGAAGUGUGCUGAAUACCGCAAAUACUGUUGUACAGGAAGGGCUCACACAAGCCACGACCAGGUUAUAAAGACUUUGCCCCAUCUUCAUCCUCCCACCAGGAUGCCAGCAGAAGCUGACCAAGUGCCACAUGGCGCAAAAGAAAGCACCGUGGGUCCAGAAUCCAUCCCUAAAACGAAUACAGCAAGUUGUAAUGCAUUGUCAGAAGUUCGUACCAAGAAAUGGUGCGCAAACCAUCCAAGUCAGACAAUACAGCGUUUGAGGGCGUGUUUGAAGGCAACCCGCCAAUCUUCACCCAAUUUACGGGAACCUGUCACUGCCGUUGAAAUGACUACUCAAGAGCCAAUUGUACCAUCGGCUUUAACAUCUCCUGGCUUUCAUGAGAGCUCCGUGGACAGAACUUACACGCCAAACCAUGCUCUUUGUAAAGAGAAACACGCUCUGAACUCGCCUUCAAUCCAGGCUAAUCGGGAAGCCGGUCGACAGAGAUUCCGCCUGUCCACCCUCCUGCCUGGAGAAACUCUGCAGGAGAUGCUGUCCAGGUUGAGCACCACAGCUCUGCAGUGGCUCCGUCCUCAGGAACACAGCAAGGACCAGAUUGUGGACAUGGUCAUCCUGGAGCAAUUUCUCAGUGUGCUUCCAGCAGACAUGCAGACAUGGCUGAAAACCCAGGAGCCAGGCAGCAGCGAGGAGGCCAUUCAGCUGGCUAUGGCCUAUCAUAGACAGGAACCUGCCAAGCCCGUUCAGGAUAUGAUAACCUUUGAAGAUGUAUCUAUUCAUUUCACUGAGGAAGAAUGGACUCUACUCAACCAUAAAGAAAAAAACCUUUAUUGGAAUGUCAUGCAUCAAAAUUAUGAUAAUGUAGCCUGUCUGGCAAGUGAUCAGAUCAAAGGAGAAAGUCAAGAGGAAGAUCCCUUGCAGGAAGUCUUUGAACCAGCAGUGGAAUGGCUUGAAAAAUCCAAGGAGACAGUUUUACAACAUCCUGAAGAAAAGUUGAAUAACAGCUGUCUGAAGAACCAGCAAAAGAGAACCUUGGAGAAGGAAGAAAUAUUCACUGGUUCUGAAAGAAAUGUGAUGGAACCAGACAUAGACAUCAUUCUUCUAGGCAGUGACGAAGGGCUGCAAAGUCAAUGCAUACAUAUUGAUUAUGGAGAAGGUGGUGCAUCUGAAAUAUCUAUCAAUGAUCAGAAAAGCCUGAAAGGAGAAAAUCUAAGAGGCUCAUAUGGAAUAUCCAAUAAGAUACAUCCCCAGAAUUUUCAACAAAAUUUAAUCAGAGUGGAACAGAAUGAUACGGAAAGGCAACAGUCAGAAAAAGAGAAAUUUUAUGGAAGCCAUUGGAGAAAUCGAGUCCACCAUGAAACCAGAACAAAUUGGAAUGCUGGGUGCGCAACCAUUGAUGAUAUAGAACAAACUGAGCCACUGAUACGCAACAGUCAGAGAGAUUUUAGAUCUGUAGAUAAAUCAUUGGAAACGAUUAUGGAAAGGAUUUCUCCAAGUCCUGAUUCAGAUCCAGUGCUCAUUUGCUCAAAAAUAUGUUCUGCUGAAUUGAAUGAAAGUACGGAUUUGACCAGUGAAAACCAGAAGAUUCUGGAAAGUGGUCUAGUUAAUAGUUCAGGAAAUGAAGGAGGGCUGGAGAAACUUAAUUCUUUUGGAAGUGUUUUACAGGAACCAGCAACACAGAUUCCUCAUCCAGAUGUUCAACAAGACUCAGAAGCCCAGUACAGAUAUGCCAGUCAUAGUAACGAAGAUGACGCUUCCAAAGUCAUCCUUGGAGGUCAGUUGAUGACAUGUCCUAAGAAUAAGCAUUUUAAUUCUUUCAAACAGUAUGCCUGUUCCAAUCCUGAGGAAAUCAUCAGUAGCCUUUCAGCUUUAAUAAAACGCAGGAGAGUGGACAGAAAAUAUUUCAGCAGGAGAAAUUUGAAAUUCCAAUCUGGAGCACAUCAUAGAACUCGCACAAGAAAUAAUCUCCAGAAACGCUUGAUUAGGCAUAACUGGUGGUACUCUAAACAAAACAGAAACUGGCUUCUUGAAUCAGGAGUUACUCUAAAACACUUCCCAAAGUUUGAACCUGUAACACUUAACACCCAAAUGGGUGAAGCUUUGUACCUGGCUAUGCAAAUCAUAAGGAGGUUUUCUGCAACUGGAUUUUUCUCUUCGAGUUCCCCCCAAAUGGAACAACAGGAGAGAUCUUUUCCUCUUCCCUUUCUAGACAAAAUGGCUGCUGAGCCUACCUUAAGCCAGGUAAUGACUGUGCUGCAGCAGGUGGCUGCUAAUAUUGCAGAAAUCAAGGCAGCCAUCUCCAGCCUGCAUUCCACUGUAACUAGCCUCCAGAAUGGAUGUUUCUCUGAGUGUACAGUUGAAGCUGAAGGUGGGAUUUCUGAUUUGAAAGACCCCGCCCAAAAGACUAAAGAUCAUGCCUCGGCAGUCUUGUAAUGAUAUUAAAGCCACUGAAGUCAAACAGGUCUGUAAAGCAAAGGAAAGCUGAAGAAGGAUCAUAAGAACAGUUGCCAAGCUGCCAGUCCCAAUUGUGGUUGGUAAAGGCUACCCAUAUUUAGCACUUUAUUAAUAUUAACAGGAGUUGCUACCUGGCAACACCCAGAUCUCCUGACUGAGAGUCUUGGGAGCAUCUGGGAAGAAUGCUGAGCCAAGUACUGUUGUAGCAGUGCUGAAUCAUGUGUAGUUAUUGCAUCAUUUAAAUAGUAAUUAUUCUUACUGGGAAAAGCUGGGAGCUCAGGAAACUAUUUUUUAUUAUCACCAAAAUUUAUCCGCAUUUUUUUCUGACUCUUGAUGAUUCCUUACUUUCUUUGAGCACUUUACUUGAAACUAUCUUUGUCUCUCUUAACACACUAAAAUGCACUGUAUUUCUAAUCUGAUUAUCUGUCCCACACUCGAACCCUCUUUUCAUUUUUGUGUCCUUUGCUAGUUAUCUUGGUCUUUCAUUUUAAACCAUCAAAUCAGUCAUGAUUUUAAUUGUAUUUAUUUGCUAUACAAAUACAUGCAUUCUCUUAUCUGAAAUAAACAAAAAUUCACCAAACAAUAAUGAUUCUCAUUCGUUUGGAGUCUCUAAACAGCCCAAUUGCUUUCUCUACUCCCAUUUCAUUCUCAUCCAUCCAUUCAUGUCAGUUAGCAAACUACAAUUCCCAAAGUUGUCUCUGUUUCUAUGCCCAUCUCCAACAACCUUGAUUAUGUGCCAUUAAGUCAGUGUCAGGUCUUAGUGACCAGGUAGACAGAUGUUCUCCAGAAUGAUCUGCUCCAUCAAUUCAUACCCCUCUUACAUAUUAUAGCCUUUUCCUUCAUAAUGAAAUCCAAAUCUUCAAUCCCCUGGGUAUAUUCAUUAUUGCCAUGCAUAUGUAUUUAAUCUUUCCAUAAACAACAUAUCUAUUAUCUUCCUUUCAUUUGUUUGAUUUCCUUUAUUAUCUGAACCUCCUUAUCACUUCCUUAAGGGACUUAAGUGGUCAGUGGCUAAGAUGCUGAGCUUGUCGAUCAGAAAGGUCAACAGUUCGGUGGUUCAAAUCCCUAGCACCACAU